CACCAACUACAUAACCAUCUGGCCGCCAGAUACGGCGCGCACAAAACCCACUUUCGGAUGCCAUGAGAGGCGGAAAGAGAACAAGAUCAUUGCCCACAAGAAGACCAAUACUCCAAAAGAAGAACAUUAGCCAAAAGAAGAACAUUACUCAAAAGAAAAACAUUACCCAAAAGAAGAACAUUACCCAAAAGAGUCACCUCACACCCGCAUGUUUAGUCGUCAACGACCUCAAAAACCUACCAUAUACCCGCCUUUCGCUGCUUCCCGCGGUCGAAAGAGUGAGACUCUAUAUAGCAAAACAUCAAAUACCAAUUUUUUUUUUUAGAUUCUGCGCUUUGAAAUUCGUCCCUGACGUGCGUUAUGCCAAUGUCAUCGACUGUGAAAUCAUAUACACGAACAACCCCCCUUACAUCUCCGUCCCCGUAAAUUUCCCCCAAGUACUCCGUACACACAACGCACCAAAACACCCGCACGAAAAAACUCCCCAUCCCUCCUCCUUCGCUCUCGCUCUCGCUCUCUCCCCCUUCAACGCCGAACGCCGAAGCCCUUAGAAAUGCGAACAGACGUCACGUCCAAAGAUUGGGGAAAAAAAGGUUCCUGACGUCUGGAAUACGGUCCCAAAGCAGUCUAGCUACGCACGCGCGCGCGGGUUGUCAUUGAAUUAGCGGCGGCGAUCGGGGGGUGUCAAAGGGUCUGGGUCUGGGCUAGG